AUGGCCGGAUUUUUCUUUAAUGAUAUUACUAGGGUAGCUCUUCAAUCUAUAUUGGGAGUACCGACACCUCUCAUACCUGACUUGAGGGAAAGACGACGUGAGCCAUCCGAGGAUGAUGACAGAAUUCGAAGAGUUUCACCGACUCAGCAGGAAAUAAGAACAGUACGUCGAGAUGUGGAUCGAGAACGCCGACAAGCACAACGACUGGCCAGACGACUCGAACGAAUGGAACGAAAGCAAGAGAAAAGUCGAGAGAAAACACUAAAGAAACUGGCCCGCAAUACCAAAUCAAAUAAAUUACCAGGGAAGAAUAUUGGACUUUUUGGACUGACAUCCUGUGGAAAAUCGACCACGAUCAAUAGUCUCUUGGGAAAAGAGCUCGCGGAGACAGGCGUGGGCGAAACAACGAAAGAAAUAACACCAUACAAAGGCAUGGGAUACACUCUUUGGGAUGUACCCGGGCGCAACGAUGAACUAUCAUAUACAAAUGAAAAAUAUAUGUCGCACAUCAAAGGACUAACACAUCGUCUUGUUAUUAUUGAGCAUACAGUCAAGGAAAACCUGGAACUGCUGCGACUGUUGGAUGACCUUAAUCUGAGUUACGAUAUCGUUGUUAACAAACUGGAUCAAGUUCGUGAAAAUCAACGAGAAUCUUUUCAAUCGAAAAUUCGACGGGAAAUUUCUUCACUUAAACUAGAAGAAGUGAAAAACGUCUACUUUCUAAGUGCAAUGUAUCCGGAUAUGUUUUCAGAUUGGCUGACAAUGGUCGAUUCUUUAACUAAUGAAUAUCGUUAUCAAAGCGCUGAUCCGGAUUCGUCAUCAGAUUCAAGCUCAAACUCGAGCUCGGACUCAAGUUCAGAUUCAGAUUGA